GGUAUAUAUGGGCCAUCUAUCUAUCAAUCUAUAUAAGCAACCUCUAUCCACCUUCAUGGCUGUCUUAGAGAUCUAUUCCAAAUCCUUCCAUUGAUUCAUUUUUAUUUUAUUAGCCCCUAUUCUAAUAUUCUAAUUUAAAUCCCUAUUUUGCUCAUUUUGUUAUAUAAUAAUAAUAUAAUGUAUUAUUAUAAUAUUUUUUUACAUCAGGCCUUAUACAAUAGCAUGCUCACCAUCCCUUGCACAAAUCUCUUACGUAUGUAUCUAUGUGAGUAAUUAAUUAUAUGUGUGUGGAUGUAUGUAUGUAUGGGCCAUCUAUCUAUCUUAUCUAGGCAACCUCUCUUCACCUUCAUGGCUAUGCUAGAGACCUAUUCCAAAUCCCUCAAUUGAUUUUUUAUUAGCUCAUAUUCUAGUUUAAAUAACUCUUUUGCUUAUAAUAUAAUAAUAUUAUUUUCUUUUUAAUUACGUUGGGCCAUAUGCAAUAGUAUGCUCACCCUCCCUUGCACAAACCUCUUAUGUAGCUAUGUGAGUAACUAAUUAUAUGUGUGUGGAUGUAUGUAUAUAUGGGCCAUAUAUCUAUCUAUAUAGGCAACCUCUCUUCACCUUCAUGGCCAUCCUAGAGAUCUAUUCCAAAUCCCUCCAUUGAUUAAUUUUUCUUACAUUAGCCCAUAUUCUAGUUUAAAUCCCUCUUUUCAUUUUUAUUAUAUAUAAUAAUAUAUUAUUAUAUUAUUAUUUUAAUUACAUUGGGUCAGAUGCAAUAGUAUGCUCACCCUCCCUUGCACAAACCUCUUACGUAUCUAUGUGAAUAAAUAAUUAUAUGUGUGUGGAUGUAUGUAUCUAAUAUUAUUAGUGUUAUUAUAUUUUAAUUACAUUGGACCAUAUACAAUAGUAUGCUCAUCCUCGAAUACUAUUGCACAAGCCUCUUAUGUAUAUGUGAGUAAUUAAUUAUAUGUGUGUGGAUGUGUGUAUGUAUAUAUAUUUGUGUAUAUGGGGGGAAUACUCUGCAUAUUAACGGAGGAGGGAGAAUCUCUCCUCUAGGCAGUCUUAGCUUUCCCUGCUUUGCAAAUAGGGACAGAUUUUUAAUUAUGUUGGGCCAUAUGCAAUAGUAUACUCACCCUCCCUUGCACAAACCUCUUAUGUAUCUAUGUGAGUAAUUAAUUAUAUGUAUGUAUGUAUCUGUGUGUGUGUGUGUGUGUAUGGGGUGGGGGAAAAUACUCUGUAUAUUAACGAAGGAAGGAGAAUCUCUCCUCUAAGCAGGCUUAGCUCUCUCUGCACUGCAAAUAGGGACAGAUUUCCUCCUCCCUAAACUGUAGCCUUUAAAAAUUGUUUUGGGUCUAAUAAUAAUAAAAAACAUAAAUAGGCCCUUAUGUUAUUUUUUUCCUUUCCAAAAAACGAUCCUGAUCUGAAAUUUCCCGGCCCUUUAUUGCCUCCCUUGUUGGGUCCCAUAGCCUGCGAUUAAAUAGUAACCCUUCUCUUGCUUUCUUCUUUGGCCCCUUCCACACUGUUGAAUUAAAUCCCACAUUUUCUGUUUUAAACUGGAAUUUAUGGCAGUAUGGACUCAGAAAACCCAAUUCAAAGCAGAUAUUGUGGGAUUUUCUGCCUUGAUAUUCUGGGUUAUAUGGCAGUGUGGAAGGGCCCUUUCUCUUCCUUCUAUUUUGCUGCCUUUUUCCUUGUGUCUUUCCCCCUCUUUCAUUUGGCACCUUUGCAAAGGUGAAAACAGCAGUCGGUCCGCCUUCAUUGGUGGCUCUGCCAGCUCAUUGCUGGCGAAGGGGGCUUUGGGGAGAGGUGCCCUGGAGAGAUAUUCCUAUAUAUAUAUAUAUGAUUUAAAAUAGAUUUUUUUCAAAAUUUUAAAGAAGUGGGGGAGUUGAGGAAAGACCCAAGAUGGCUGGAGGUGGUUAUGAGGUUUUUUAUUUGAUGUGAUGAUGAUAAAAGCAAAAAAAAAAAAAAAAAAGGCACAGCAGCUGCGGCUAUAUAAACUCAAUUUAGAUCCCUCCCCUUCUCCCUCUCUCUUUGCAGGGUGGUGCCAUCCAUAACCUGCCCUCCCUAUUUAUUUGUUUGUACUUUAUAAAGCAAAAGAAAAAAAACCCCACCAAUUAAUAAAAAAGGAAACACAAAACCCACCCUGCUCAAAAUGGCUGAGGACUGAGUGAGUGAGUCCUCUUGGAAUUGUACAUUUCAGCAGUUCCCUUUCAGCCUGUGCGCUUCUGUGUCCUCCUCCUCUCUCUCCCUCCUCCCUUCCUUUUUCAGGCUGGUUCCAAAAGGAGAAAUAGCUUUCAUGUCAGAAGGAAAACAGAAGCAAAGGGGAAGAGGCGGGGGCUAAGCUCUUCAUUAGCAGUUGAGAAAUUCCUUUUCAGUUUGAUCAAGGCAUACUUGUUUUCCUUCCAGUGCGAGCAACCCAUCACUCUCCAAAAGCCUGGGGAAUUUUGGAGCGGGGAGUUAUUGUUUUCCAGUUCUCUCUGGUUAAUCCGAGAAACAGAUUUCACAAAGACAGAGUCCCCGAGAGUGUAUUAAAAAGAGAGCAGGUUGAUUCUCUUGCUUGAAUUUGUCUCCGGCAGUUUUCUUAUUUUUCUUCUUCUCUUCUUCAUUUGUGAAACAAGGAGCAAAGGAUGGGAGGGUCCCUUUGGCCCUGGACUGGAAUUUCAUCUGAAUGAUUGACUGUCUUCCCACUGCGAUUGCACUGUCCCAAAGCCAACGAAGAUUGAUUUUGCUUUUUUUUCCCCCUGCACCAUUUGGCUGCAUUAGAAGUUAGCCGUUUUGUUUCUUUUUCAUCUUGAAUUUGGAUUUUAUCUUCAACUUUUUUUCCUGUGGUUUAAUUAAAGACUUGAACUUUGAACUGUGUUCCGAGGGGGGAGAAAAAGGAACUUGGAAAGGGCUUUUCUGGAGUUCAGUCAGGAGAGAAAAAAGUUCUUUCAAAAUCUCAAAACGUCAUGAUACGUUGGCAACAUUUCCCAUAGAAGUUCAUAUGGCAUUUGGACUUAUUCCCUCUGGAUUUUGUAUGGCUGUUUUUCAGCGCUCGCAACGUAGUGGCCUUUCUGUUGCAAAAGAGGAAAUUCAUCACCAUCUGCAUCGGUAGACCAAAAAAACCCUUGAUUAUUUUAAAAGAGAGAUUUAAAAAACAAAUAAAGCCCCACAUUGGAGUGAGACAUGGCUGAAAACUGGAAGAACUGUUUUGAGGAAGAGCUUAUAUGUCCGAUCUGCCUGCACGUCUUUGUGGAACCUGUCCAGCUUCCUUGUAAGCACAAUUUCUGUAGGGGAUGCAUAGGAGAGGCUUGGGCCAAAGAGGCUGGGCUGGUGAGGUGCCCCGAAUGUAACCAGGCCUACAACCAGAAGCCUAACCUGGAGAAGAACUUAAAGCUGACCAACAUCGUAGAGAAGUUCAACUCACUCAACUUAGAGAAGACGCCCUCAAUCUUACAUUGUGUUUUCUGCCGCCGGGGCCCACCUUUGCCUGCCCAGAAAAUCUGCCUGAGGUGUGAGGCUCCCUGCUGCCAGUCCCACGUCCAGACACACCUGCAGCAGCCCUCCACGGCCCGUGGGCACCUCCUGGUGGAGGCGGAUGACAUCCGGGCCUGGAGCUGCCCCCAGCACAAUGCCUACCGGCUGUACCACUGUGAGGCCGAGCAGGUCGCCGUCUGCCAAUUCUGUUGCUACUACAGUGGGGCCCACCAAGGACACUCGGUCUGUGACGUGGAAAUCCGGCGCAACGAAAUAAGGAAGAUGCUGGUGAAGCAGCAGGACCGCCUGGAAGAACGUGAGCAAGACAUUGAGGAGCAGCUGUACAAGCUGGAGUCUGAUAAACGCCUGGUUGAAGAGAAGGUAAACCAGCUGAAGGAUGAGGUGCGUCUACAGUAUGAGAAGAUGCACCAGAUCCUUGAUGAGGACCUACGCAAGACCAUGGAGAUCCUAGACAAGGCCCAAGCAAAGUUCUGCAAUGAAAAUGCUGCCCAAGUGCUCCACCUCAGUGAGCGCAUGCAGGAGGCCAAGAAGCUUCUCAGCUCUGUUCAGGUCAUGUAUGACAAGACCGAGGACAUCAACUUCAUGAAGAAUACCAAGUCAGUGAAAAUCUUGAUGGACAGGACCCAGAACUGCACAGGGGGCAGCCUACCUCCUCCCAAGAUUGGGCACCUCAAUUCCAAGCUCUUCCUCAAUGAAAUUGCCAAGAAGGAGAAACAGUUGCGAAAACUUCUAGAAGGUCCCUUCAGUACCCCGGUGCCAUUUCUGCAGAGCAUCCCAAUGUACCCUUGCAGCGUCAGUAACUCAGGAGCCGAGAAACGCAAGCACUCCACAGCUUUCCCAGAAGCCAGCUUCUUGGAGCCUUCCUCGGGACCUGUUGCCAGCCAGUACGUGAGCCAGGGGGCUUCGGCUGGCGAAGGCCAGUCUGCACAACCCAUGGUGCCUUGUAGCUCCACCCAGCACAUAGUAGGACUCCCCAGUGGCCCGCAGCCAGUUCACUCCGGCUCAAUGUUCAACCCUUCCCACUACCCCAACAGCACAUCAUCUCAGCAGUCUGUGCUGUCCCAGUAUGGUGGGCGCAAAAUCCUCGUCUGCUCAGUGGACAACUGUUACUGUUCCUCAGUAUCCAAUCACAACGCGCAUCAACCAUACCCGCGGUCGGGCCACUUUCCGUGGACAGUGUCCUCGCAGGAAUAUUCGCACCCGCUCCCUCCUGCUCCAUCUGUACCUCAGUCGCUCCCGGGAUUGGCAGUGAGAGAAUGGAUUGAUGCAUCUCAGCAACACGGACGCCAGGAUUUCUAUAGAGUUUAUGGCCAGCCUUCCACCAAACACUAUGUCACCAGUUAACCAUCUGGUUUGGAUAGCAUCCUGCUGAUUUUUAAAGAUUUUUUUAAAUCUAGUUUUUGUUGUUGUUUUAAAUCAAAUCCAUUUCCAUUGUUCCCUACCACAUGCCAGAGUCAGAGAGGCAUUGCUGUCAUCUCUAUUUUUAAUUUAAUAUUUUUUAAAUGAAAACAUCUUCCCCUUGUAUCAGGUUUGGGGGGGCUGCGGAAGAAAUUAACAAGGAUUUCAAUCAAUAGUCUACUUCUGGAUCAUGUGACACUACUACUUUCCAGUUUGGAAAACUCUUAAAGGGACAAAUAAUCCUUUUCUAUCUCAAAGUCUCUGGGCUUUUUGGUUUUGCUUUUAAAUUUUCUUUUUCCUUCCCAUUUUUAAGAGGAGAAAAUUUCUAUCAUUAAUUCAUUCAGAAAUGACACUUGUAGGUUUUUUUAAGGCUGAUUUUUUUGUGUGUUGAAAGGCCACGUAUUGUGCAUAUUGGCAUUUUUCUUUUUCUUUUUUUUUCUUCUUUCAGAGAUUUGUAAAUACACAAUGGCAGGAAAUGAAAUGCACAAAAAGGGAAAAGAAACAUAAAAAAAGAAAUUAAAAAAAUCUGUUUUAGUUUCCAGGAGGGAAGUGUGUGUCAAGUUGCACACAUUUCUUCCUGUGUUUCGUUGAUGCAACUUCCUCUAACAAGCACUUUGUAUUAAAAAAAGUGGACUUCCUGUUAUAAGGCGCAGGUAUUUAUUCUGUAACCAAUUUUAGAACACACACAAAAAAUAUUCAAAUAAAUGUGAUCACUUAGUGCAAA